CACAAAAAUAUCACCAGUGUGGUGACCUUUCUAGGAGCCUCGCUGUACUUGGCAGGGAGAGUCUGCCACCGCACUGAAUACUAACUUUGCAAGAAUAGUUUAUCUGGGUUCUGCAACAAACCAUAGACACAUAUACCACCAGGUGAGCCAGGAACAUGCAACACUGUGAAGCUGGAAUCAUUCAUCUGAAGCGAAGCACCUGGUCUCCCCAUCACUGAGCCUAGCCUGAGAGCAGAGCUCCUUCUGUCUGGUUUGCUUAUGUGUGUGAUGUGAAUUAGUUUGCAGAAUUACUCCCUAAUGGCAGCGAAGUUGCGAGGAUCUGACCACCCUCAAGAAGGUCAGAAGAAGAUCAAGAGGGACAUCCUUAAGUACACCAAGAAGGCAUGGGCUCCUCUGGAUGGACAGCUGUAUCCUGACCCCAAGAAGGAAAGUCAGACUGCCUCUGACACCCUGCUGGAAGAUUCCAAGCAAGAAAGUAUACAGCAGUGGCUGAACUCCGGAGUUUUUAUCUCUGUAAAUGAAAACUUUCAGCAAGUCAUCAACAACACUGUUUCUUGGCAUGAACAAGGAAUCAUUCAAAUGACUGUGAAAGACUACAUGAGAUCUCUGCACGAGUUUUCAGAAACUCCUACCCUAUCAAGAAGGACCAGUUUCAAUUCGUGCCAUCCUACCCCAAGUGUACCACAAAGCAUUUCUGAAUGGCUGGAACUUUGGGAAAAAGAUCCUGUGGAGAUUCUCUUGGAUCUAGGGUUUGGUGCUGAUGAACCAGACAUCUGCACACAAAUCCCAGCCAGGUUCCUUCUCUGUGGAUCAGCAGUCAGAGGAAUUAACAUACAUGUUUUCCUUGAAGCUCAGAAGCAGCGGAUGGACCUUGAGAACCCUAACUUGUAUGGCCGUUUCCGACAGAUAAAAGUACUGGACCAUGUCAGCAAUGCCUUCUCAUCUUUGCUGAAUGAUGUUAACACCCUGCAGAAUGAAGCCGACGAGAAAGCUGGAGGACACAGCAUGAACAGAACAUCAGUGAGUGGGGUCAGACAGCGUCAGAGAAGAAUGAGUAAACUCUUUCAGAGAGCUUCGAGACAGAGCCUCUGGGGGGACGAUAACACAGAAGCAUCAGAAUCAAUCAAGAUGAAGGGUGAAGUUUCCAUCCCCUCUACCAAACCACAGGAAUAUGGAGCAGAGUUCUCAGCAGCCUCAAUUAGUCUCAACCAAAGUCACAAGUCUCCUUUAGCAGAAUGGCAUUCGAUCCAAGCCAUUGAUGGCUUGGCACCUUGUCACCCUCUUCGAGCACCUUUGACCAAGCAGUGGCCUUACUCGUCCAUGCUGGCCACACAGGCUCCUCCCUCCUGUGGGUCUAAAGAGUCAGUCAAAGAGGGAACUCAGAAAAAACACUUGAUUCACAGCAACAAGCUCAAGCAAUUGUCUCGACUUGAGGGGAAAACACCAGAUUCCUUUGAAAUGGAAGAGGUCCAGAGCUUUGAAGAAGACACUGGUAACCCUCUUGACAUGACUUCAGGAACUGUAGGCAUCAGAGUGGACAGAGCCAACAGCUGUCAGUCUGACAGCAGCGGGUUUCUGGAGGAGCCAGUGGAACCUCUUCCUCUCCAGAUGCCUUCCCUGCCAAGCAGCCAGAGUCCUACUGAGAAUGGAGAUAGAAAGCCUUGGGAUCAGAGCCACAGCUCAGUGUCAUCCCAGGACUGUCAGCCACAGUCCAAAGGGUCUGCUUCCAAGAGCAUGGAGAGCUUCUCUUUUUCAAGCCAAGACUGGAGUGUCUUGGAUGAAAAGGCCUCAGCAUCUGAGGUGAAGGAAGAGCCUCAGCUUGAGGCCACAGAGGAGCCACCAGAGCUGUUGGUCCCUGAUAUGGCCCUUGCCAAGACCCACACUUGGGGAGAACACCAACGGAAAGACAGCCAUCUGCAGCAGCCCUUAACAACACAUGAUGCUGAAUAUGAUAGGGAUGGAGCCACAGCCAUUUCUACAUUUGAUGGCCCUCUGGGGUCUACCAUGACUCACAUCACAGAAGAAAAGGAAGGAUCUCUGAGGACGGAGGGAGAUGGGGCAGUACUCAUGCAGAUGUGCCACUGUGAGUCUCAGAGGUCAUGUGGAAUUGAUCAGACUCAAGACAGGUUCCCUCAAAAGGACCCGGAUGUGCCAAGAGAAGAAGAGAGCAGCAAACUCCAUCCUGACAUCAGCAACUCUUUGCUGGCACAGCACAGACCACCACAACACAUUCCCAGGCCCAGAGAAGUCACACCCUAUAUAACUGACCUUGGUCAAGCACCUGACAAGUCUAUUUAUCACCUCAAUAAGCUAGCUGGGGACGCUGCCACAGACACAAGCGCUGGCUGCGCCAGGUCUGUGACAACCCAGAUGUCCUCCAAUCUGGUGUCAGCUGCUCAGAGUGUUGUGGCCUUGGGAAUGGAUUACAGAACAGAUAUAGAAUGUACUUUGUGUGACCCUAUGACUACAACAAAAGUGAGACAGGGAACAGAAGCAAGACAGGUCAGUGAUGUUUCUGUUCAGACUUACACAUGUGAAUCUGAGCCCUACCAUUGCUGUGUAUCUCCAGGUAACAAAAGCUUCACUCAUGGACCCCAGCCCCUCACCAGGUCAGUCUCUCUGGACACAAGUUUUCCUAGUAUUGACCCAGUGGGCACUUGCCCCACCACACCCACUCACUGCUGUAUGUGCUGCCAUCACCAUUUCCACAGUUGUGAGGAGAGAUCAAGAACUGGUCCUGCACCCUCUGUGGGCAGACGCUGGCUGUGUUCACAUGCAGAGCACCUGGAAGCAAAGUUCAUGAAGACCUUGAGAGUCCUUCAGGACAGGAUCGUGAGGGAGCUGUGCUCUUGCACUGUCCGUGAGAUGGAAGCCAUGAAGAUGCUAUGCCAGAGUUUCCGGGAGCAUUUAGAGGAAAUUGAACAGCACCUGGUGGAACAGCAAACAUUCUUUUGCAGGGACAUGUCAGAGGAGGAAAGGUGGGAAGCUGAGCAACUUCAAACUUUACGUGAGGCCUUGAGGCAGCAGGUGACAGAAUUGGAAUUUCACUUAGGACACCGGGCACAGCAAAUCAGAGAAGGGAUUCUCUUGCAGCUGGACCUCCUCAUAGGGGAGGCAUCUGAGCACUGCACAAGAUUGCAACAACACACCUGGACAGAAGAAAACGAUAGCCAGACUUCAGAUGCUGGCACACUACCUCCCAUCACCCCUGAGCCUGCCUUUCCUCUGACUGGUGGCCAGCAAGCUCCCUGUCCAGCCACAAUGUAGAUGGCUAUCCUGGCUGCCCCUGAUUUGGAGACCAGCACCAAGAUGUCUCCCCUAUCACCAGCUUGGACAGAAUCAAGUCCAGCCUGUCCAUCAUGUUGCUCUGCUGGAGAAGAGGAUACAAAUAACCUUCUCUAGAUGAGAUCAUUUGAUUGCCUUUGUACAAAAUGGAAGAGUCUAUAACAAGGAAAUCUAUAUUGUCUUACCCAAAAUGUCUACUAAUCUUUCAUCAGCUAUGCUUUUCAUAAUUUACUCUAUGAUUAAAGUUGGAGAAAUUCAGAA